AUUAUUCAAAGCACGCACUCCACAGAAGGAGGACACAGUCUCGCUUCUUUCGCUCUGCAAUUUGCCAACCAACCUCAAACGCUCGCCAAAUGGCUUUCAAGCUCGUUGCUCUGGUUUCCUGCUGCCUGGCAGCCGUGUCCGCUGGACUUAUCCCUGUGGAGCAGCACGACCAGCAUCCCCAGCUGUACCAGGCCCACCAGCCCCAGCAUGUGAUCUACCAAAAGCAGCACGAGAUCCAUCCUCACGGCCAUGAGGUCUAUCCCGAUGACCCACAUCCCAAGUACAACUUCGCCUACGAUGUGCAGGAUGCGCUCUCCGGAGACUCGAAGAGCCAGGUGGAGUCUAGGGAUGGGGAUGUGGUGCAGGGAGAGUACUCUCUGGAUGAUGCUGAUGGCUUCCGUCGUACUGUAAAAUACACCGCCGAUUCCGUCAAUGGAUUUAAUGCCGUUGUGCACCGCGAGCCCCUGGCCCAUGUGCACCACAAGGUGGUGGCUGCAGCUCCUGUUCAGUACCACCACGCUCCUGCCGCCGCCGCUGCCGUCAUCAAGAGCUACGCCUCCCCUUCCCAGGCUUAUGUCGCUCCCACCUACGCAGCCCCUGCCUACACCGCCCCCGCCUACGCCACCCACCAGGCUGAGCAGCCGCAGGAGCGGGAGCACCAGCAGCACCACUAUGCCAGCUACGAGUCCCCUGCCCACGCCCAGGCCGCCCACGAAGGACAUGAGUACUACCACCACCAGUAAGGAGUUUCCAGCCACAGAUCACAUGACAAGCGAAAGUAUUAUUGUGCAUCCCAUUAUGAGAACUCAUUUAGCUCAUUAACCUAGUUCUGUUGAUUAGUCGUAACCUGUUUGUAAAUAUUCUCAAUAAAACUUUCAUAUAUCUAUGUAAUAUGAUUUGUUAUGACUUUUCAGGAUCUAUAAUAUGCAUUAUUUUGGGAUAAUUAGUUUAAGAAAUAUAUCAUUCUUUCCGAAAAGAAACGUAAAUUUAUAAGAUUACAGUAGUUCUUUUAAAAGAAAUUUUGUAAACUAUGUUACUUAAAGAUUCAACUUUUUUUAAC